AUGGGUGCUCCAGGCAGAAAGAUCAACCAGCCGCGAAUAAAGCUGAAGAAGAAGCUGUUCAAGCGAUGGUGUGUGUUAAACCGGGAGUGGCAACUGAAGCAUCAGGUGGUCGGGGCUGUGACAGACAAAGGGCUGAUCACUCAGCACUACCUCAAGAAGUGGGCGUCCAGUGCAUGUGCCAACACUACUCUCUCUGGGAAGAAGCGCAGAAAACUCCAGCAGAUCCGGCUUGCCCAGAAAGAGAAAGCAGCCACGGAAGUGGAAGCCCCCUCCAAGCCAGCCAGGAUUAGUGAACCACAGCCCAAGUCGAAAAAGAAGACACCCCUGCCCCCCGGCCCCAGGAUGUAG